AUGUCAAUCGUUAAUGAUUCCAUUUGGGCCGCCAACCCCUCUACCGCGAGGGGUCAGCCUACUCAGCUGUCCUCGGACUCCAAGGGUGAGCGGCUUGCAUAUGCGUCCAACAAAUCCAUCUUUAUCCGUUCCAUCGACGACCCCGCAGUCGCCAGACAGUACAUCGAACACAAGGCACAGACCACCGUCGCUCGCUUCUCUCCCUCUGGAUUCUACGUCGCUAGUGGUGACAGUACCGGUUUAGUCCAUGUCUGGGACUGUUGUGGCGAGGGACUCACAAAGGGCGAGUACAGUAUCAUCAACGGUAGAAUCAACGACCUGGCCUGGGACGGUGACUCCCAGCGCAUCAUCGCCGUCGGAAACGGGAAGCAACGCUAUGGUCAUUGCAUCACAUGGGACAGCGGAAACACCGUCGGAGAAAUCAUCGGCCACACACAGCAGAUCAACACGGUGUCCAUCAGACAGCAGCGCCCCCUCCGCGCGGCCGCUGCCGGUGACGACAAGAACAUCGUUUUCUACCACGGCGCACCCUUCAAAUUCAACACUAGCAUUCGUGAAAAGCACUCCAACUACAUCUACGGCGUCUCAUUUAGCCCGGACGGUUCGACGUUGGUCAGUGUGGGCGCGGACCGCAAGAUCUGGCUUUACGAUGGCAAGACCGGAGAGGCGAAAGGUCAGAUUGGGGACGGCGAACACAAGGGCAGUAUCUUUGCGGUUUCGUGGUCGAAGGAUUCGCGUAAGUUCGUCACUGCCAGCGCGGAUCGGACGGUCAAGAUCUGGGACGCUGAAGCGGGCAAGACCACGCAGACCUGGCACAUUGGAGGAGAAGGAAGCACAAAUGUCCGUGACCAGCAGGUUGGAGUCGUCUGGCCGCCGGCUAGAAGCGACAACCUCCUGAUCAGUCUUUCGUUGAGCGGUGAUCUGAAUUACCUUGUCGAAGGCACCCCGGAGCCGCGCCAGGUGGUGCAGGGUCACCAAAACAGUAUUACAUCUCUGACACAAAGCUCUGGCAGCGGCCAGGAGACCCUGUGGACGGGUAGUUUCGAUGGUAGAGUCUGCAGCUGGGACGUCCCCACUGGCGCUGGAGAGGAGAUCGAUGGCGACAGUCAUUCGGCAUACAUUGCAGGCCUGACUCCCACUCAGGAAGGCAAUGGCCGGAUCUACAGCGUCGCAUGGGACGAUACCCUUCGAUCGGUGGACGUUGGUGCCAAGACGUACACUGGAACUGCUUCCAAGCUGGCGGGGCAGCCUAAAGGUGUUGCUGCCGGGGAUGGCAAGGUGGUGGUUGGAACCACUGAGAGCGUUGAGCUCUAUAAAGACGGACAGAAAGCCGGCGAGUUCAAGCCCAAGUUCCCCGUCACUACUGUUGCCGCCCAUGGUAGUGUCGCAGCCAUCGGAGGCGAGGACUCCACCGUCCAGAUCUGCGAUAUUUCCGGUUCCAGCUUGUCACCAAAGGUUGACUUCAAGCCUUCGCGCAACCCCGUCUCAGCCCUGGCUUUCUCUCCAGACGGCUCCAUGUUGGCUGUGGGUGAUUCUCGAGGCCGGGUACUGAUCCACAAGGUUGCGGAUGGCAGUGUUGUCACAGAUCGGUGGACGGCGCAUACAGCGCGGAUCACGUCGAUUGCUUGGAAUGAGAACAACACCCAUGUUACUAGUGGCGCGCUGGACACCAAUAUCUUUGUGUGGAGCUUGACCAACCAGGGAGAUUGGCUCCAGGUUCGAAACGCCCACAAGGAGGGCGUGAACGGCGUCGCAUGGAUUGCGGGAGGAACCAAGAUUGCCUCUGCUGGAGCGGAUGCGGCGGUCAAGGUGCCCGACAACUCCAACAAACACGGGGACCGCGACACCGUUGAGCAACACCAUGGACUCCGACAAGCGACGUUCGUUUUACCCACCACCGGUCAACGACUGAAAGGUCUGGUUAGCCUACGAAAUCCAUACUCUGCCUCGAAUGGCGGCGAGCAUGAAGAGCGCCGCGGUCUUCUGUCGGGUGAGAUUUCCGCGCAUCGCGACACUCUCCCGCAGCGGGCGCGGAAAAAAGCCAUUGACGUAGGGUCCUGGGUGCGGGCGUUUGUCACCUCAGAACAAGGAAUUGGGGUUCUCAAGUGCAGUCUGGCAUAUUUGCUGGGAUCUCUUGCGACAUUCGUUCCGCCUAUUGCGGCGUUCCUGGGCAAUCAAGAUGGCAAGCAUGUGGUGGCUACCGUCACGGUGUACUUCCACCCGGCAAGGUCGCAGGGGAGCAUGUACAAGGCUUUGAUCUGCGCCCUGCUGGCCUUCCUCUACGCCGCCUUUAUCUCCGUCACGAGCAUGUGCGUGUCCAUGUUCUUCCAGGACACUCUGGACCUGCUCCCGCUCGGUCAUGCGGUCGUCCUAAUUGUGUUUUGCGGCGGCGGUCUGGGAUUCGUCGGCUGGACGAAGCAGAGACUCGGAGAUCCGCUCGUGAACGUUGCCUGCUCCCUCGCGUCCCUUUCGACGAUCACCGUCUUGACGAAAGAGGGAAAGGUGCAGAGCGGGGAUUUGUCGUUUGACAAGAUCUCCCAGGUGCUGAAGAUGGUCGUCAUGGGGGUCGCAGCCACCAUGGCGGUGUCCUUCGCCAUCUUUCCCAUUUCCGCGCGGAAAAAGCUUCGCGCCAACGUCACAACCGUGACCGGCACCCUGGCGACCAUGCUGGCCCUGAUCACCGAGAGCUUUUUGAGCGGGUCGGAGGAGGAUCUGCAGACGCAGGAGUACAUCGUCGCCGCUGCGCGCCAUAAGAAGGCAUAUGGUCUGCUGGACAAUCUCGUCAAGGAAGCGAAACUGGAACACUUCGUUGUCGGCACGGAGAGGGAGUACCGGCUGGAAAAGACGCUCGUUCGCUGGGUGCAGGAUAUUACUCAUAACAUGGGAGGCCUGCGCAGUGCGGCGCUUCUUCAGUUUCAGCUCCUAAAGCAAACCAAUCCUGCCAGUCCACCUCAGUCGAUCAGGCCUGGUAGCGAGAUGAAUGGGAUUGGUUCUGAGCCCAUGGGCAGUCCUUGGUCGGUGCAUGAAGAACGGGCCUUCUUGGAGCCCAUCGAUGAACGGCCGGAAGAUGAGGAAGAAGAGGAAGUGCCUGUUUCUGCUACUGAUAGAGACAGGCCGCGCUCAAAUCCCGCUCCAGAUACGACGGAACUGGACCCUGACCAUGUUCUUCUUCCUGCUGAUAUCUUUGCCAUUUUCAUUAGCCACCUGGGGCCGUCUAUGCGGUCGCUCGCCUUUACCUUAAAGGAGAUUUUCAAGGAAAUUCCGUUCAAACCAGGCCCCGAUUACAAGGUGGCCGUGAAUAGUCGCUUCCGGACCAGUCUGGAUCGUGCGCUGGAGCUGUAUCGGGAGUCCCGUGAGGAGGCGCUGAAGACAAUCUACCGGCAAAAGGAAGUCAUUAAGGUGCAAACGAUGGAGGUGGAAGCAGACUUGGAGGAAGUUUCGGCCAGUUGCGGACAUUUCAGUUUCUCACUGCUGGAGUUCGGCGAGCAGUUGAAGCAGCUGCUGGCAAUCCUGGAUGAAUUGCAACUCGAAUCGGAAGAGCGUCCCAAUGGGAGAUCGUGGAACUGGCUGAAAUUCUGGCGCUGGCGACAGCAGUCCAGCGAAACUGAAGCACCGUUGGCGGAACAGGUCGCUAUACCAAACGGUGCGGAAGCCCGACUGAACUCAUCCAGUUCCAAUGCACCCUCCUCCACGCGCAGGACUCCAUUAGAUAAGUCUGCCAAAGGAACCCUCACAUAUCGGCUCUGGAAAUCUCUGGAGGUGUUUCGACGGGACGAUACCAAAUUCGCCAUCAAAGUCGGCACAGGAGCGGCCCUAUUUGCGUUGCCGUCCUUUCUCCAGUCGACGAGACCGUUCUACUCCCACUGGCGAGGCGAGUGGGGCUUACUGUCCUACAUGCUUGUUUGUUCCAUGACGAUUGGGGCCUCCAACACCACCGGUUAUGCGCGAUUCCUGGGUACCUGUUUAGGUGCCGUGUGCGCAAUCAUCUCAUGGUAUGUGUCAGCCGGGAACGUAUUUGCACUGGCCUUUCUGGGAUUGCUCAUGGCUACGUGGACUUCAUAUAUCAUCAUCGUGAGAGGCCAGGGUCCCAUGGGUCGGUUCAUUAUGCUCACAUACAACCUUUCGGUGCUAUAUGCCUACUCGCUUACGCAGAAGGAGGGACAUCAUGAUGAGGACGAGGGCGGCGACAAGCCGAUCAUCACUGAAAUCGCCCUCCACCGCGUGGCCGCUGUUCUUGCUGGCUGCAUUUGGGGUAUCAUCAUCACCCGCAUCAUCUGGCCGAUUAGCGCACGCAAGAGGUUGAAAGAUGGACUGAGUCUGUUGUGGCUGCGGAUGAGCCUGACCUGGAAAAAGGGUCCGUUGUCCACGAUGGUGAACGCCGCGGACCAGCCUGGAUUCAUGACUCCGCGGGAGAAGCUGGAGAUUGAGCGGUUCUUGUCACGUCUGGAGGGCCUCCAGGCAUCUGCGCGGUCCGAAUUUGAGCUGCAGGGAGCCUUUCCCGAUGCCGCAUACAGCAAUAUCCUCCGUCGCACACGGAGCAUGGUGGACGCUUUUUUUGCGAUCAAUCUGGAGCUGGUUAAGAACAUGACCGCUUCGGAAGGUGAACUUGCGAUUCUCCGGUAUACUUUGCAGGAACGACGGCAGUUGUCUUCCCGGAUCAGCCAUCUGUUGUCUGUCAUGGCGUCGUCUAUGAAGCUUGAAUACCCUCUUAACGACGUGCUGCCCAAUAUUGAACAUGCCCGCGACCGACUUCUGGCACGUCUUUUCCGGUAUCGCAAAGACCUGGAGGCGUCGCAUCUGUCCACCGACGAAGACUAUGCGUUGCUGUAUGCGUACGUUCUCGUGACGGGCCAGUUGUCCAAGGAGAUUGAAGAGAUCAUGGCGGAAAUUGGGCGGUUAUUCGGGGUGUUGGAUGAGGAGGCCGUGAAGCUGGACUAG